CUUGUAUCAGCUACAGGUGUAAUUUACCUGCUGUGUUCGACAUAGGAUACGAUAUAGGACAACUUUCUACAACUACAAGAAAGCAACUCCGAAGAGCAGGAGCAAACUGCAUCCUGAGAUUUUGAAAGCACAUCUGACUAAACAAAACUGAAGUAUACUGCUCCCUUCAGAAGCCAUUACAGAAGAUCGUGACAGGGAUUUCUUAAAGAAAAUGGAUUCCAAACAUUCUCUCCAAGAAGAGGAUUUCUUCUGUCCAGUGUGCAGUGACAUCUUCCAGGAUCCUGUAAUCCUGUCAUGUAGCCACAGCUUUUGUAAAGUCUGUCUCAAAAAAUUCUGGAAACAAAAGGAAUCUCUGGAAUGUCCAGUUUGCAGUAGAAUAUCCUCAACGGAAGAACCUCAUUGUAACCUAAUUUUAAAGAAACUGUGUGAGGCCUUCUCAGAGGGGAAGAGUCAGAGAGAUUCAGCAGGAUCUGAAGGGCUAUGCAGUCUGCACCACGAAAAACUCAAACUCUUCUGUCUGAAUGAUAAACAGCCAGUGUGUUUUGUGUGUCAAACCUCUAAAAAACAUGCAAACCACAAGUUCUGUCCCAUGGAUGAAGCUGCACAGGAUUUUAAGGAGGAACUCAAGACUUCAUUGAAGCCCUUACAGAAGAAGUUUGAGAUCUUCCAUAGGGUGAAACUAACCUGCCAUCAAACAGCAACCCAUAUUAAGCUACAAGCAGAGGACACAGAAAGGCAGAUUAAGGAGGAGUUUGAGAAGCUUCACCAGUUGCUUCGAGAGGACGAGUUAGCCAGAUUAGCUACUCUGAAGGAAGAAGAGGAGCAGAAGAGUCAGAUGAUGAAGAAGAAGAUUGAGGAGAUGAUCGGAGGGUUAUCAUCACUUUCAGACACAAUCAAAGCAGUAGAGGAGGAGCUGAAAGCAGAAGACGUCACAUUCCUUCAGAACUACAAGGUCACAGUGAAAAGAGCCCAGUGCACACUGCCGGAUCCGAAGAGGGUUUCAGGAACACUGAUCCAUGUGGCUAAGCACCUUGACAACCUGCACAGAUUUUGUGGGAAGAUGCAGGACAUUGUUCAAGUGUUUGCUCACUACACUGCUGUGACUCUGGACCCCAAGACUGCCCACCCAUCUCUCAUCUUGUCUGAUGAUCUGACCACUGUGAGACUUGGUGAUGGGACGCAGAAGCAUCCUGACAACCCAGAGAGGUUUGAUAACAAUAGAAUGGUCCUGGGCUCUGAGGGCUUUAACUCAGGGACACACAUCUGGGAUGUUGAGGUUGGGGACAGUGUAGGCUGGACCCUGGGUGUGGUUACAGAGACUGUCCCGAGGAAGGGAGGAAUGCGCAGUGGACUCUGGGGUCUAAAUUAUAAAGCAGGGGAAUACAGGGCAUAUUCCCUACCAAAUUCAACCAUUCCCUUCACGUUGGGCCUGAGACCGCAGAGGAUCCGAGUGCAGCUGGACUGGGACAGAGGAAAGCUGUCAUUCUAUGACCCUUUUAGUAACUCACACCUACACACAUUCACACACACUUUCACUGAGAGAGUCUUUCCCUGCCUUGGUAAUCGCUGUAAAUGCCAGCCUCUGAAGAUCUUGUCAUGGCCUCUGUAACAGUGGAACAACAUAGUUAGAGCUGAUAAGGCCUCUUGUCUAGGAACAGCACAGUUAGAGCUGAUAAGGAAGUUAUAAUUUCCCUUAUCACAACUUUAAAGCUGCAAUAUGUAACCUUUAGGGCGACCCGACCAAAUUCACAUAGAAAGGUGAGUCAUAGAUAUGUAAUUUUCAUUGAAAGCAAGUCUAAGAAGCGGUAGAGCUGUUCUAUGUGCGCUAUUUCUAUGCUUCCCGUUCUGAAGUAUAGUUUUUUGCAUCUUUUACUUUUGGUCUUGUACACCAGCUUCACACAGCUGGAAAUACAACAUUUUUGGUUAUGAAAAUAUAUUUCACAGCGGUUUAAAUGGUACAAUGAUUCUCUCUAUUGCUUGUUUUGUCACAUAAACUGAAAUUAGGCGAGCUAUUCGAAUUUUAGCAACCAGGAAAUGGCAGAGCGAUUUCUGCACAUUGCACCUUUUAAAUCAAGCAUCUACUGUUUGAAAACAAGUUAAGAUAUUAUAAAGACUUGAUUGAUUUGAACUUAAUGCUCAAACUGUUGAUAAAGCACAAGAGAGUAGAAAACUGACACCUAGUCGAAGUUUAGUCGAGUAUAAUCCUGUUUCUUCUUUGUAUUAGAUACGUUUGAUUUGUUAAUCAUUAGCUCUUAUUGGCUUAAGUAUAUGAUCAAUUGCAUGGAAAUACAAAGCCAUACUGUAACUGUCAUUCCCUAUUCCAUGAUUAAAGC